AUACAGUUAUUGGUAAUAAAACAUCUAAAAUUCAAAGCUAUUUACAAAGAACUUCAUACAAAGUAUCUGAGAAACUUGUCGUAAUUUGUAAAGCAAAGAAGAUUGAUGUUUUAGCUAUAUCAUAUCGCUUUGGUCUUGACCAAUCAAUG